AUGUGCUCGUUUUUAUUAUGCUUGAAUGCAUGUGGUGUUGGCCAGGAAACCGUUCUGCAAAUAAUUGGCACGUCGGAUACGGUGCCAACAGCAGCGGUGGAUCUGUCAUUGCUCUACCAGGGUGAUCCAUCUUUGCCUUCGUCUCUCCAGUUGAACUACUCGCACGCACACUUUGUUGCCACUCCGCCUCCUCCCCCUACCCCUCCGCCCUCUCCAGCUCUGAGCAGCAGUUGUGGCAACCGCAUCCCACCCCACUUUGCUCACCCCGCAGGAGUGCUGCACUUAACAAGUGGCCACCAGCAAUUUGGAGCCUCAAGCAGCUGGAGUCAUACGCCGCAGCCGACGCCUGUUCUGGACGGCUUGCGGGCAUCUAUUAGCUCGCAGGCAUCUAUGCUCUGCAUGCCAUCAACUGUAGGCAGCUCGGACAGCAUCCCAGUUGGUCAGGUGUCACAAAUUGAGUGCCAGCUAGCAUCGCGAAAACAAGGAUUUCAGGUACCGUCCUCCUAUUCCAUUCCUAGCAAUGGCAACGGAUAUCUAGGCGGACGCAAGAAUUGUAAAGAUAGUGCUGCCGCCAGCAUGCCGGCGCUGGCGGGAGAACGCCUCACGGCAGAGCUGCAGCAGCAUUUAGGGGCUGCUAUAGUUGCUGCAGCAGCUGCAAGUGCGGUGCCUGUGCAGCAUCAACCGCCUGCCAUACCGAUUAGCUCCAAUUCAUCAUUUUGGACCCAGCAGCAACAGCUCCAUGAUAUGCAGCACCACCAGGAGCAACCGCAACAGCAGCUGCAAUCGCACCUGAGGGCAUCAUGUAACUGGGCGGACCUGCAGCUUCUUAGUCAACUCUGUAUGGCUCAUCCUCAACAAAUUUCGAAGCCCAACGAACCGCCCAGGGUGCUUCCCCAACAGCAUGCGCAGCGGGGGCAGAUUCAUCAACAUGAUGAUUUGCAGCAGUCAAUUCUGCACAGGCAGAUACAACAGGCCCAGCAAGAACAGGCAAACCGGUUGUCUUCCAACCAACUACAUGAAUUUAGCGGGUCUCGUCCGUCAUCCGCCUCUCCCCCAAUAAGCUUGCAACAACUGCAGCAGCACAUCCAGACACUACAGCUGCAAUACAAGGAGGGCGAGCAGCAGAAGGAGAAUAUUGCUAGUGCAAGGUCUUUUCUCCCACACGCUGGGCAAAUGAACGAAGAGACGCAGGUGCUGCUCUCGAAACAGGUGCAGCAAGAGCUGCAGCAUCACUUGCAACAAGAGCUUCAGCGGCGCCUGCCCCAGAAUCUGCAACAGAGCCAACACUACCGCCCACCUCAAGCAGAGCUACCACCUGUCCAGCGGUGGGCACUACCCCAUGCGACACUGCUGCACGGCGAGCAGCACUAUCCACUUACGUGGUCAGACCCAGGGCAGGGACAAUUCCAACAGCUGCAACAGCUCCAGCCACUUCGAGACAGGGCCUUAUUAAACCAGGACCCCGCCGAUGCAGCUAAGAUCCAACACCUCGAGCCUGAGCUACUGCAGCAACCAUCACAAGAUGCCCCAAUCGAGCCGCUUUCUCCAGUGCCGCCUCCCCAGUGGGCGCAAAUCCCGCAACACCAACAGCAACAACAAGCACAGCAACCACCUCAGCAGCGAAAUGAUGUGAGGAUCUCAUUAGCUUCCCCUCAGGGCAUUCCCGGUUGUACCUCCCCUAGACUGUCCGCUCAGCUACCACAACGGGAACAAUCGGCCAUUUUGUUAGAGGCUAAGGAGCCUAUUAACACCGCCACCCUACCUCAGCACCCAGAAAGUGCCGCAUACGGUCUGACACAACCUGUGUUAAAGGGGUUCGUGCAUUCUGCGCUUUCCCAGGUCAUCCAGUCUGAAGAAGAAACAUGUGACCCUCUCGCAGUGCGCAAGCUUCUAGAGGACCUUCUUAAGAUCAUGAACCUCACCACAACCGAGGAAGCUCCGAAAUGCCAGGGACCGAAGGUGGCUACGCUUAACCAUACAACAGACACUUCGUUGGACAACGAAGCAUCGAGCGGAGUUCAAAAAAUGGUAAAAGAAAUCGGGACUCGGACAACGGAAGAAGUGGAAGUGUGCUCCAUCCAACCUAAAAAGGUACUGUGCAUUUAA